AUGGUCAAUUCCAAGAACCUGUUCAAGAUGCCCAGGAACUGGCAAAAUUUUGCUGCAUUCAGAAGGAAGAGAAGUUCACUAUCAAGAAAUGAAGGCAGUGAUGGCAAUACUUCACCUUUGCUUGCUCACAAGGGUCAUUUGUUUGUCUACACUACUGAUCAAAAACGCUUCUCGAUUCCUUUGGUGUACCUUCAAAAGAAGAUUUUUAGAGAACUAUUAAGACUGUCUGCAGAGGAGUUUGGGUUGCAAAUUGAUGGACCUAUUACUUUGACAUGUGAUGCAUUAUUUAUGGAUUACAUUGUCAUGUUAAUUGAACAAGGUGCGCCCGAACACCUAGAAAAAGCAUUGCUAAUGUCAAUUGCUACGAGCUGCUGCACAUCUAUAUCCCUUUUCCAGGAUGAGAAAUCAAGCAAACAAUUACUUGUUUGCAGUUGCUGA